AUGUACUGGCAACAAGGAUAUCCUCGAUACUUGAAAGCCAUAGUCCAAUUUAUUGGUGGUCAUUUCACCCAUGCGGCAUCGUUAAAUGAUUUGCGCGAGAGUGUCACGCGAGAGUUCGACCAAAGUAACGAAGACACAGUCGAAAUGGUCCAAGCAGGUCUUCUCUAUGCCAUCAACUUGUUCGCGGAGAAUUCUUCUGAACAGGGGCAGAGACUGCUCGACACCACGAUCGAACGGGCCUUGCGGCUUGGCAUGCAUCAAAGAGACUUUGCUACAACGCAUGCUGGUGAUCUUACAGUGCUUGAAGAAAGCAUGCGAAGGAGCUGGUAUGAGUUGUAUGUAAUCGAUGGCUGUAUCGCCGCACUACAGCGAAAAUCAACAUUCAAAACCAACACGGUCAACGCUGACGUGCUACUGCCAUGCGACGACUUCAUCUACGAAGCCGGCAUGUGCUUCAUGCCAGCAACAAUGGCAGACUUCCACGGCAAUGUAUUCGCAGAAGAAGAAAAGGUUUUCUCGUCCUUCUGCUAUCGCAUCGAAGCUGUGCGCCUUCUUGGGCGAGUCUUAACUAUCACAGGAAAACACGGUGUGGAUAGAGACCUCGUACAAGCUGUCGACAAUGCACUUGCUGCUUUUCUCUACCACUUACCGCGAUCCAAGAGCGAAGCGGAGAUUUCGAACACGUUCGGUGAUCUAGACGAGCUCAUGCUCCAAGCGCACACUAUCGUUCAAUGGAGUACUAUCUUGCUGCACUAUCCUAGAGGAGAUCUGAUCUCUCCGGAUCUAUUGACGCACGACGUACUGGGUGCCAACUGUACAAAGCUUCUCUGCCCCUGCAAUCGUCAGCAUAUACACUCCGUAAAGGCGAUCGAAGCAUCGAAGACCAUAUCCAUGUUAGCCGCCCUACGCUCCACAACCCAGAAGCAUACUCCGUUAUUCGUCUACCCGUUGGCCCUUGCUGCUGUAGUGCAGCUUUCUAUUGGCGCCAUGCACGACAAAAGUACUAGACAAUGCCUGGAUCAACAUUCUGAUAGGGUCAAACUACUUCUAGGCGUACUAAAGUCCAUGAGUCGACAAUGGUCGGCUGCUGGGAUUGUGCUACGUACGCUCAAAAGAGUUGCUUCGGCAGUGUUCCGUACCUCUUGUAGUGCAUCCCCUAGCAGCACAGUAACACCUCCCGCCGCAUCGAUCGAGAACGUUGCUUUCCCCGACUUCGAUUUACAGGAUCUGUAUGGGCUUGUAGGUCUCGACAACUCUACACUGGGUAUAUGA